AUGACGUUCAAAGCUAUCUCACGCAAGCGCUGGGCGUUGCUUGCGAUGAAGUGCUUGGAUGAGGUCGAAGCCACGUUCAGACGCGUCCUGGCGCAUAUGGUGCAAGAUCAUUUUUGUGGAGUUGACCGAUUGGGGCACGCUGUUGGUGUGGUUCUGAUCGACUUGCUGGGCGUCCACGUUGCGAUUGCAAAGCAACAAGUCGAGGUUUUGCUCAAAUACGAGUCCAACCCUCCCUCAACACAGAACACCGCCGAGCUUGCCAAACUCCGCGGAGAAUAUCUGGCCCUCUACAAUCAUCAGAGUGGGAGGACGAAGGCCGGCAAAGGUUCUCCAGAUGCUUACGAGUCCAACGGGACAGCUCAAGGCAAUCCAGACGGACAGCCGUUCGACACAUGCGACGAUCUCACCUGCCCUGCGGUCCCUUCUGUUCCUAUGGCCGCUCAUGUGGUUGAACAUGAGUACGCCGAGGAGGUGAAGCUCAUGGCCGAUGUCAGGGCUUACUUGGACAUCUCUCGCAAGCGUUUCAUGGACUAUAUUCCUUGUGCAAUCGAUGAGCAUCUGCUCUUUCAGUACUCAUAUGCCGUACAUGGAGUACUCGUUGAGAACUUGGGCUUAGUUGGGGAGGGCACGAGCGCGCGAUGUGCGAGCUACCUCGGCGAGGGCGAUGGUCUUCAAGCGUCGUAA